AUGCUCUUCUUCUCCCUCCUUCUAGAUGUGGAUGCUGGCUUCGGCUUUCUUCUCGUAGGAGGAGCAGGAGGCGGUGGAGCUGCAGCACCACAACCGCCGCCGCCUGUUUUUUCUGCCAGCCUUGCCCACAACUCCGAGAACCUCGGUCUUGACAAUCCCAAAAUUCCCGAAUUCCUGCCUCUCGUGGAUGGCUUCGAGGAAGAGCUUGCUCGACAGCAACAGCAGCAGCAGCACUCUAAGACUGCACCUCUCCUCAGCGAUGGCCUGAUGAGCAGCGGAACUCCUCAAGCCGUCAUUUCCAGCGCCAAUAGCAAACCUCCGCUCCUGGCCUUCAUUGAAUCCCAGUCUAGUUGUGGCGGUGGCGUCGGCGGCGGUGAAACUGGCGAACCGCCCUCUCUGUCUGCUGAACAGCAGCUGUUGCAAAAUAGUUCUGCCCCCAGCGGGGCUCCGCUCUCACUGCAGCCCUAA